AUGGACUCUGCCUCCAUCCCGCCCCGGCUGGGCCAUAUACACGAAUCCGACCGACAACACCUCAAAAUACACUCGCCCGCGGCCCUGCAAGACACGGGAUUGCUCCCGAAUAAAGCCGCUCGUCGUGCUCUGCAGCCUUUGGCCCGACCACAGCCCGUCGCCUCCCCCGACGCGCUCCCCAACGACAAAGUCACAUCUUCCUUGGGCGACGCGACUGCGAAUAACCACCACAAUCUCCAUAGCCACGCCCACGCUCACCUUCACCCACAAGGCCAACAACCCCAGCCCAGCUACCAGCAGCCUUCACAACCCUUUUCAGCGUCAAAUCACCUUCCUCGCAUAGCCGAUCACCAUCCUCCCAAAACCGCCUCAAUCGCUGCAUCCUCCGCACCUUCUCGGGUUAAUCCAUCCGCCCACCAGCGACCGCUCCCCUCCUCUGACUCGCAGACCUCGAGCCUGUCCGCCGAACCCGCCAACAUCUUCACGCCGCCCGCCAGUCAGGGUGACAUGCCGGGAGGAAGCCUCAACGGCCACGAUUCUAGCCAAGAGUCACAAUUACUUCAAUUAUCACAUAUUGCCGCCGCCCAGGACAAGCUGGCCGAGGACAAUGUAAUGGCAACGGCCCGGAAGCGAAUGGCCGACGGUGCUCUCAAGGAAAACACCUCUCCAGUUCGGAUGGGCCACUCGAGGAACACGAGCACCGUCAGCAUAGCCUCUACUACAGCCAGCAGUAUCGGUGAUUGGACCAGCGACCUCAAGACGCGCCUCUCGUACGCAAUGCUCAAGGUCAAUCACGGCUGGCAAUCACACUCCAUUGAUGAAGUCGAAUCCAUGGCCUCCCAGGCCGCCUCGCCCACCUCAAGCCAUUCCACCUUGCACGGCCGCCAAGAGCUGUCUGCAAGUCCUCGCGCCAAUAUGGCUCGUUAUCAACCCGUGAGCGCCGCCACCACCGCAAGCUCUGGUCCCAGCCCUGCAACCUACGAGUCCUUCUGGAAGGAGGGCCAAAGAUCCACGCAUACCUCUGCCUCACCUCCCGCACCUGUCCAGCAUCAAAACGUUCCUACACUUGCACCGCCUGCUCCGAUUCAGCCGUCAAGGCCAAUCGGGGGCCAUAACCCGCGCCGAAAUUCAAACCCUCGCUACACUCCGACUCUUCUCUCCCACUCACACAGCGCGUCACCGCAUACCCCUUCUCAACCGAACAACAACGCGACGCCAAAUCAGAGGUUAGGCCGGACUCCACUCAUCGACCCGAUUCUCUUCUCACCUCAUCAAAACGUUAGAGAGCAGGAUGCCAUCGAAUCACUACUCUUCAUGAGCAGCCCCGGAAACUCGGCCAAUAUGAAGCACAACUACUCGUCGUCGGCAGCCUCGAACUUGCCUGGUCGCCAUGCUCUGCCAAGCUCACAACCCCGGAAAAGUCUGCCCUCGCAACGGCCCCUGCCGCAAAAGCGUGUGGGUUUUGAAAAGAGCCCUGGAGGUAUGACGGCAGUGAGCGAUAUGGACAUUGACAUGGACUCACCUCAAUCACGAGGGCCGAUGAGGAGGCGAAUCAACGGAAGUGCCAGCUUCUCCGGAGGAGCCAUUGGCAGCACUCUUCGUCCUCAACUGUCAUUACCAGCGGCCCUCGGCAGCACCUCACGACCGCGGCCUCGCUUAGCGGACGCAGACAUUGAGCGGAUGAUUGAUCAAGCAGCGCAAGCGGGCGACAGCUCUGACGACGAUGACGGCGAAAUUCAGAUUCCAGGGAGAAAUCGGUCAGAAGGGGCCGUAGGAGUAUGA